AAUUCAAACCACAGUUCGCUACUGACUCUUGGCAACAACGUUCUCUCUCUACGAUUUAUUAUCAGCAUGACUGGAGAAAGCUUCUCGGCACAGAUGAGCGGAUCGCCGGACGACAACCUGCCCCUGCACCGCUACGACACCGAGGGCAUGCCGCAGGACAACCCGCCUCAGACCGGCAGCUUCCCGCCUGCAGACCACAGCGGGCUCGGCACCACGUCUCCCUCGGACAAGGCUCAGCCCGACACCGAGAAGAACACCGAGUCAGCCAGCGCCAACCGUCGGCGCAGGAAGCAGAGACCCGCCGGCAAGCCUCCCUACAGCUACGUGGCCCUCAUCACCAUGGCCAUCGUCAACUCUCCCGAGCGGAAAACCACCUUGGCGGGCAUCUACAAGUUCAUCAUGGACCACUUCCCAUACUACCGGGAGGCCGACAAGAAGUGGCAGAACUCCAUCCGCCACAACCUGACGCUGAACGACUGUUUCGUCAAGCUGGCCCGCCAUCCCAACCGUCCCGGCAAGGGCAGUCUGUGGGCGCUGGAUCCCGGGGCAGAGGGCAUGUUCGACAACGGCUCCUACCUCAGGAGAAGGAGCAGGUACAAGAGAUCGCACCAGACCACCAACAACCUCCUGCCCGCCAGCUACCCGCCCCAGGUCCCCGUGCCGUCCUACCCACCGCCGCCCUACCCCAACAUGGCCCCCGUCACCGGCACCACCCCGCUCUUCCUCUCCACGUCCUACCCACAGACGACCUCGGCCCAGCCCUCGGCGCACCUCGGCACGUCGUACCGAGGGUCUCCGUCCAGUACCGGCGUGAUGUCGGCCAGUCCGGACAGCUCGUCCACAGACGGCAGCGUGAGCGGAGGGUCGUCACCGGGCGGACAGACGUUAGGAUUGUCUCCGGUUGACAGCAAAGCCUUCCAGCAAGGACUCCUCUCCACUGCGCCACCUAGCGGCUACAACAGCAGACCCGCCCCCUUCACCAGCACAGCGGCCGCCGUGACGUCAUACUCCGCCACGUCCAACACCAACCCCGCCGCUCUCUACCAGAGGUCGACCCCGCAGACACAGCCGCUCACCAACAACUCGUCCUACGGGCCGUCUCACAGCGUGUACCGACCGUCUCCCUACACAACCGCCGGUGCCGGUAACAGCUACCCGCAGACGGGGAUGUACAACGGCUACUCCGCGCCUCAGGGAAACAACGGCUACUACAACAUGAACUCUUUGUCUCAUUUCCACGGUGGUAACAUGGAGAUGUACGCCAACUGUCUGUAAAUGAUUUGUACAUUAUCCUAGAGACGAACGCUAAUGAGGAAAUAUUUUAGUGAAAGCGGAAUGCAAAAUCGUUUCGCCUUGUUUUGCUCGUAUGUAAGACAAUCAUUGUAACAGCAGAAGGAACUGUGGUCUUUGAAACAAAACGUUCGUGUGCGUAAAUUGUUCACACUUUUAAAACAAUUGCAUCGAUUGCUUAGAUGUACUGACAGUGUAACAUUGAGCUAUCCGAAAUUGUUGGUCACAGUCACGCAACUUUGAUUCCAAUCUUGUGUCAAUCGCUCCCAAUUUGAAAAUUUAUGUGAUGUUGUAAAUGCACAGAGUGAAGAAUAAAUGUUUAUUUUAUUGUGAAUACAA